AUGUCCGACGCAGAGGAAUCAACAGGCACCGCGUUCGCAGUGAGCAUGGCGGCUAACAUUCCCCCGCCGUCUGUGAUGGGCUUCACGGGCGAUUGGAGCACUAACUGGGAUGUUUUCCGCGCGGAAUAUGAAGACUAUGUUCUUGUGACUGGAGUGGCGGAAAAGGACAAAAAAAUACAGGCGGCAACACUCCGCAGUGUUAUGGGCAGCGAAUGCAGACAUGUUUACCGUCACAACCUAAACCUCACGGCGGAGCAGAGAGAGGAUCCCGCGGCUAUACUGAGCGCCCUGGAGAGAUAUUUCAAACCGGCAAAAAACAUAAUCUAUGAGCGAUAUCUGUUUGGAUGUUGCAAACAAGAGGACGGUGAAUCAAUAGACGCCUUUGUGACCAGGCUAAGAGAGAAAGCAUCAACGUGUGAGUACGGACAAUUAAAAGACGAAAUGAUACGUGACAAAAUUGUGCUGGGCAUUGCAAGUGAGAGCUCCAGGCGCAGACUGUUGAGGGAAAAGGAGCUUAACUUAGUCACAGCCAUCGAGAUGUGUCGUGCUGCAGAGCAGACAGAUUUAAGGAUGCGAGUAAUGGAAACUGCUGGGACACACGUAAUGCACACCGAGACAGUGCACUCUGCUGUCAGGCAACCAGCUAAGCACUUCAAAGCGAGGCAGAGCGACUCAAACAAGGCGGUGGACCCCAACUGCAGGUAUUGUGGAAACACCCACACGAGAGGCAGGGACCACUGCCCUGCUUUCGGGAAGAAAUGUAAAUUGUGUGGGACUAAUAAUCACUUUGCUAAAGUCUGUAUGAAAAGCAAACGGGGCAGUACCACGGGCAAGGUGCUCUGCAUGGACGGGGAAGCUGAGUCAGGGCAGAGCAGUGAGGAGGAGACACAUCUGUACAUGAUUGAGUCAGUCAGUGCAGUGGGACAGACUAAAGGGAAAAAAUGGUUCGUCACACUAAAGUUCAACAGCAAAUCACAGAGGUGCCAGCUUGACUCGGGAGCCACCUGCAACAUAAUGACACUGAAAGAUAAGAAAAAGCUCUCAUCCAAAGGAAAACUACGCCAAAGUAAUGCCAGCCUCAGACUGUACUCGGGGGAGAUAAUAAAGUCAUUGGGAGUUUUUGACACAGAAUGCACGAUCCAAGGCAUUAAGCACAAGCUCUCCUUUGAGAUAGAGGUCCAGGAGGACCUGCAACAGGUGAACCAAGCAGAUUACCUGAACGUAACGGGCCAACGCCUGGAACAAAUCAGGCGACACACAGACAAUGAUGAAGGUCUGCAGGCAUUGAGGUACACAGUCACCACAGGCUGGCCGGAUCUCAAAGAGCAGACAUCCAUUCCUGUGACCAACAAACUCCUUGAGCCGGUGGUGGUGACAGGAGUUACUGAGAAGCUUCAGUACAGGAGGCAGCUCGCCAAGUCGUUCUACGACCGGUCAGCGCGGGUCCUACCGGAGCUGGAGGUAGGAGAGACUGUCAGAAUGAAGCCUCCUCCUGGCGACACCUCCCGCAUAUGGAGAGCUGGAACCUGUCUUGGCAAGGUCGCGCCUCGGUCUUACCUUGUGGACAUGGACGGUUCUGUUUAUCGCCGCAACAGAGUGGAUCUUAGAGUGGCAGAAUCAGGGGCUGCUCUGGGAUUUGGGGACAGACUCGAGCUGCAGCGUUUUGAAUUUACAGAAGCUGCAGUCCUCCCGUCCAUCUCUCUGCUGCAGAAGUCCUCGUCGUCCCCCGUCACCUGCCACGCCACUGGUUUCUUCCCCGGCCAAGCCUCUAUCUUCUGGACUAAAGAUGGAGACAUAUUCUACUACGAGGACGUGGACUUUGGGGAGACCCUGCCCAACAACGACGAGACCUUCCAGACCAGUGCGGAGCUGGACGUGUCCUCUGUCCCAUCGGAAGACUGGGGCUGCUACAACUGUGUGUUCAGGCUCUCUGGAUACAAAGACGACAUCAUCACACCACUGGACCAAAGAUACAUAAGAACGAAUGAGAAAAAAGGUUCCUACUUGCCUUUAUUUGUUGCACUACCGAUCUCUGGUGUUGUCCUGCUGUGCGCUGUUCUCCUUCUUAUUUUCAAGAUCAACAAUUUUGAGAGAAAAGCUCCACUGUGUCCUUCAGUUUACUCCGAGGUGAAGAACAAUCCUCGUCACAUAUGA